CUCACUCUCUCGACGCAGCCACUCGCAUCUUUCCUUCGACCAAUUCCCUUCGGUCUUCUGCUAUCUUCCCCACCCGUAGAGUUCUUUUCACGCCUCAAUCUUGGGCCUCGCGCGAAGACCAGCUUCUUCCAGCGCCCAUAGGCCGCUCCGCCCCGCGAACUCAUCUUGCCCACUGACGAGAGCCUUCGAGGCCCCCCUUCGCCGUUUCAGACCUUCAAAUCUCUCUUGCGGCAUCCUUGUCCGCUCGCUGUGCUUUGCCGUACUCCCGUCCCGCCACUUGCGUUGAUGGAACUCGAAGAGUCCGGUUUGUGUGUGGACAUCACUUUACGACGGCCACGUUUGCGCCGGGCCAGUGCCAAUGAUAUCAGCGAAAUAUGUUGUGCCGGCCAAAACCAGAUUCAGAGGCGAUCAUCACCACUUUCGCUUGCCGCGGUCAACAACACCUUCUCGCCUUGGUCUUCCUCUAGCCAUGCUGUUUACCACAACUAUUAUUAUGCGACCCUGGGGCUCAGCCAGGCCGAUUGGAGCGAGACCUAAGAUUUCACACCAGACCCAAAGUCGCUAGCAGGGCGUAGCAGCGUCGCGGUAAGUUGAAGAGCCUUGCUGGUGCAACAUUGCCGAUUUCCCUUAGCGCCCAAGGUGGGAACCCAAGCGUAGCCCCAUCAACCGCCUCCGAAUGGAAGCGCCCCUGUCCGCUGUGCACCGUGCUCGUAUCUAAAUGCAGCUUGUCACGUCGUUUCCGACCUUUGUCUUCCUCUCCUGCAAGGCUCUACGCAUGGUUAAUUGAGUUCUUCGUGGGCACCGCCUUCCGACCAUCAACUCCCAUUCCUCCCACUACCGCGCCACUCUUUUCGCGGGCAUUCGUUUUACAACACAAAAUCCCCAAAAAAUACUCUUACGGCGAAAGUCGCGAUCGAGAAUUACUAGUAAUAUACUGGAAAUAUUGGAAAACUGGGACUCGUCAAGAUGAGAGCUGUUACUGUUGCCGCUGCUGGUGCAGCCGUGAUCGGAUCGGUUUCCGCUGCAAGCCAUGUCAAGCACAUGCACGCGAAGCUCCAUGCGAACGUCGCCCGUGACUGGGUUGACUGGAACGCGACCUCGACCACCACCACGAGUGUGUCACAGCUCAAGACCACGACUACGACAACACCCGCGGCCGCGAGCACCACCUCGGCCGGUAACUGGGAAGACUGGAAGACCAGCCCCGAGGCCACCUCGACCUCGAGCAGCACCACAACCACCCCCGCCGCCGGUAAGACCUGGGUAGACUGGCCCACGGCCUCAACCCCAGUGGAGGAGACCACGACCACCGCAAAGCAGGAGACUUCCUCGGUCCCUGCUGGAAGCACUGAGACCGUUACGUGGGGUGAUUGGACCAACACCGAAACCGUGCCUGCUGGUGCAACCGACACCGAGGCUUGGGGCGACUGGGAGGUGACAUCCACUGUCACCGUUACCCUGCCCAGCGAAACUCCUACCGAGACUGCCACCAAGCCCGGCGAGAGUGCCAGCGAGACUUGGGGUGACUGGACCUCCGAGACUACCACCGUUACUGUGGAGUCCACCGUGACCACGACCAAGCAUGUCCAACCCGUUACUGCCACCGGUACCUGGGGAGACUGGACCUCAUCCGCACCGGUCACCAACACCCUCACCUCGACAAAGCCUGCAGCGCCGGCGACUUCUCCGGCUGGCCCAGCCUGGACUCCCGAGUCCGACAGCUGUGCUAUUUCUGUCUUCGUCUCUUACGGCGCCCCAACUUGGUACCCAACUCCUGUCGCCAACGCGUCAUCCACCACUCCUGCGGCGCAGACAUGGAUCGACUGGAACAACACCAAGACGAGCACCACACCGGUUGCUGUGGCCAGCACGACCGCCACUCCUGUGACAUGGGCUGACUGGACCUCGAGCACUUCCACUCCUGCGUCGGUCGUUGAGACAACCUCGACCGAGACCUGGGGUGACUGGACGUCUGGUACCACCACCACCACUACUCCUGAGUCUGCUACCGAAACAACCGCGACCGAGACGACUUUGACCCAGACCUGGGGUGACUGGACUGCUACCACUACUACCACCACUCCUGCAUCUGCUACCGAAACAACCGCGACCGAGACCUCGACCCAGACCUGGGGCGACUGGUCUUCCCCCUCCACCGAAACCGCUACCGCCACCGUCAGCUCUGAGGGUUCCUCAUGGGGUUCGUCGAAGCCUAGCGGCUCUGCUUCCGCUUCCGCUUCUUCCUCCGGCGCCUACGCAAAGCCAAGUGGUGGUAGCCACGGUGGCAGCCCUGGCAUUACUGCCAACGGAAACUCCUGGGCUAUGACCUACUCCCCGUACACUUCUUCCGGCGGUUGCAAGGACGCCAGCACCGUGUCGGCUGACCUCGAGAUUAUUUCCCAGAAGGGAUUCGCUUCCGUCCGUGUCUACAGCACUGACUGCAACUCUCUUGAGAACAUUGGCACUGCUGCACGGGAGCACGGUCUCAAGCUCAUCCUGGGUGUCUGGAUCUCCUCGUCUGGAAUCAGCGGUGCCAAGGGUCAGAUUGAGGACAUCAUCUCGUGGGGACAAUUCGACCUUGUUGAGUUGAUCGUGGUUGGUAACGAGGCUGUCUUCAACGGUUACUGCUCUGCAUCUGAGCUCGCCGAGUUCGUCUCGAGCUGCGCCUCUUCCUUCAAGAGUGCUGGUUACACUGGCUUGAUCACCUUGACGGAGCCUCUGUCCAUCUGGGAGGAUACCAGCGCGUCGUCUGCAUUCUGCGAGGUUGUUGACGUCGUCGGUGCCAACCUGUACGCCUUCUUCAACGCCGAUGUCUCGGCUGACAAGGCCGGUAGCUUCAUCCAAGACGAGAUCAACAUCCUUAACGGCAUCUGCUCUGGCAAGUCCGUCUACGUCUUGGAGACCGGGUGGCCCAGCGCCGGAAGCUGCAACGGUGCCGCAUGCCCCGGCGUUGAGAACCAGGCCAUUGCGCUCAAGGGCAUUCACAACACCGUCGGAGCUCAGGUCGUCUUCCUGAGCUACGAGAACGAGCCAUGGAAGGAGCCUGGUCAGUUCGGUGUGGAGCAAUACUGGGGUUGCGCCAGUGUCUUUUAAGCGGCGCAACCUUACUGAUGCGGCAGAUCUAACCUGCGUAUUUUGAGAGACAAGGGCACUUUGGGUGUAUAUGGCGAUCCAGAUCACUGUUGACGAGACUCAUGGCAGGGAGGAGUAAGCGAGCAAGCGACAUGUCCUGCACCACGCCACGCCACACGCCAAUGCCCCACGGCCAUAUUCGGGCAUUUGCCAUUUGUUGUGUGUGUGGAUUAGCAUCUCUUUGUUUCCGGUUUUUCUUUAUUUCAUGUACUGUACAAUGUUGAAAUCAUCCUUCUGCUGUCGAGACAAUUGUCGCCUGUGAAAUCAAUUAGAUCUGCCGAAAUGCCCUGGCAGCAGCUCUCAGGGUAUGGAAAAGAAUUACAUCACACAAUUGUCCUGGCAAGAAGUUGAAUGACCGCCCGUCCAUACCUUCAGCCUCGCCGGGGUUUCGCGCUUGGAUGUAGGAGUCCGCAUGUAUGUACAUUUUACGAUUAGCAUCUUGCACAAUUCCAUUGAUCCCACCACCA